AUUGGCAGGAGAAAGAACUGAGAAAUUGCGUCAUUUCUGUUCGUUGGUGUUGGAAUAGAAUACAAAUGGAUGUUUUGUUUAGGUUUGGACCUAAUGGCAUUCACCUCAUAUAUAUCACUCGUACCAAAUGUCAAAAGAAUGAUUUUCCUAGCUAUUACAAAGGUAAUAUGUUUACUCUACCAGAACACUCUUGGUUGUUGUACAAAACAAUGGUACACCGAGUCUCUCCAGUCGGAAGAAUCAGG